GACUGUUUGGACAUAUUUGAAGUCAUUCGCACCUUAAGGUUGGAGAGGACCGGCUUCUUUGCAUGUACCGGGGGUAUGCAGCUAACCUGCCUUAUCUUAUCGGCAACUUUUUUUUCCUCCCGCCAUGAGUUCAUCUGCUCAAUCGUCGCGAGGUUCCCAAGUUUAAUCCCACCCACCAAUUGAUCAGUGUCACAGAAGAUAAUCAUGGCCAAGCGUAAGAGAAACACAGCCUCCAAUGGAGAGCCCGCGUCCGAGCUUGAAGCGUCGAAAAAGACCAAGGCAGUUGACACCAAGUCAACAACCCCCAAACCCACCAGCACCACAUCGACCGAGACACUGCAAAUAGUGGUCGGCUUCUAUGACGGCGUCCUCCACGGUCUCACCGCACAGAUUCACCCUCCCACCGGGAAGCAAAAGAAACAGUCUGUCGAGUUUGCCGACACCUUCCUCCUUACCGCCCACACCAAAGCCAUCCGCUGCCUCGCCGUGUCCCCCGUCUCGAACCCGAUCCCCGGGCAAACACAAAAAGUCAUACUCGCCUCGGGAAGCAACGACUCCAAGAUCAAUCUCUACGAUCUGUCAGCCCACCCGCCCAAGGAGCAGGAUGAAGACCCCCUCAAAUUCGCUGCGCCCCGACCGAUCAAGGAGAACAAGCGAAACCGAGAGCUGGGCAACCUGGAGCACCAUGCGUCCGCCGUCACGGCGCUGGACUUUCCGACAAGGGGCAAGCUCAUGUCGGCGAGCGAGGACUCUACGGUGGCCGUGACACGGACGCGCGACUGGGCGCUGAUCGGGACCAUCAAGGCGCCCAUAGCCAAGGCCGAAGGGCGACCGAGCGGAGACACGGCGGCCCACGAUGGCACGCCGCAAGGCGUCAACGACUUUGCGGUGCACCCGAGCAUGAAGCUCAUGAUGAGCGUGAGCAAGGGCGAGAGGAAGGUCAGGCCGUGGAAUCUGAUGACGGGCAAGCGCGCCAAGGCGUUGAACUACGAGCGCGAGCUUCUGCAGCAGAUUGGCGAGGGCAAAUACACAUCAGGCGAAGGGAAAAGGGUUGCCUGGGGCCACGUCGACGGCGACGAUGAGUUUGCCGUGGGCUUUGACCGUGACGUGGUCGUCUUCCGCAUGGCGGGUGAGCCAAAGUGCAGGAUCUUGUCGUCGACAAGGACAAAGAUUCACCAAGUUCGCUACAUCUCCAUCUCAGCCGAGGGCGCGUCAGAAGCGGACGCGGACAGCUCAGAGCAUAGCCUGCUCGCCGUGUCGACGGAGGAUGGCCGCAUCAUCUUUGCAUCAACGCGCGAGGCACACCUGACUCCGAUCGAGGGUGUCAAGAACACAAUGGCGCCGGGCACGGCCCGAACAGUCUGUGAACUAGGCGGGAAAGCCGACGGCGUGACGGGACGCAUCAAGGACUUUGUGGUCCUCCAGAGCGGAAAGACGUUGUACGUGGUGGGCGGGAGCAGUGACGGACAGAUCAGGCUGUGGGCCAUUGGUGUGGAGGAACUGCGGGGUGCAUUGACUUCUCUCGCGGCAGCCGACGGCGGACAACCUUUAGGCGCGCUGAUUGGGACGUACGGCACCGAGAACAGGGUGAUGUGCAUGGCUGCGUACUUGAUGAUACCCCAUCCCGACGGAGACGAGGAGCAAGACGACUUUGAGGACUUUGAGGGUCUGGAUGCGGAGGAGGAGGAUGAUGAUGAUAGUAGCGACGAGUAGUAGAACAAGAAGCAGCAGUAUAACAGGCGCAAUAUCGAAACUCGACGUGUAAC